UUUUUCCUUCCCCCGAUGGUAUCUCCCCUUCCAAUUUGGAUUCAUCCUCUCCAGAAGGUGUUGGAGCCCAUCAGCAGUUUCCUGGACGGGUGUUGGGAGGGUCAGUGCUCCUGUUCCUUGCAGGAAGGAGAUGGACGUUCCUUGCAGUGGAGUUUUACUUUCCAUUUCCCCUGUUGUGUGAUUUCUCAGAACUUGGAUGCAGCAUUAACCUUUGAGUUUUACUCUUUGCCCCCCAGCCCUUUGCCCCCCAGCUCAUGCAGCGUCUUCUCGCUACACUUCAGCAACUGCCUUCAUAGGAAACAGCCGAGCUGCAGUAGCUGCUUCAGCCCAGACACGGAACCGGGACUUCUGAAAGCGGCAGGAAGUUUAGCAUCUAAAAUGUCAAGCUACAUCAUUCAAGUUGCCAACAACAGUAAGGGAUGUGUCACCGUUGUUGUUAGUACCAAUCCGGUAUUACGAUCGUUGAGUGAGUCUCUGGUCGUGCCUACCUACGACCUCCUCAAGUCAUUCUUCACUAAGGAGGAGCUGAGAGUUUCACCAGGGGAAACGUCAGUUGUAAACGAAGUUGGUAUCUUGAAAAUCUUCACCUAUGGAGUUGGGUUGACCGGAGCAGAAUGGUACUACAUUAAGGUGACAAGAGAGGAUGAUGAGUGGGUGGCUGUGUGUCAAACUCCUCUGCAUUGCACCUGGAUUGUGGAUGAUGACAAAAUCUACCGGGAAGAUAACCAGUCAAUAUGCAAACCAUUUGGUUUUGUACCUGAUAAAUCCAGCUACAUCAUUAAAGUUACCAACAAAACCGAAGAAGUCAUCAAUGUUGUGGUUCACGAAGGCCUGCUAGCCCAAGUGCUGAGUCCUGAAAGAAUUCUAAGCCACGUGAGAGACAGCUACUUCAACUCAGGGGUUGCAGUUGAUCCAGGAAAAACAAAAACUAUUAAUAAAGUGAACCCCAAGAAGUUAUCCUCCUACAAAUCCAUCGGUAAUGUAGCGGGCAUGGUAAAUAUAUCAACCCAUUCUAUAAAGGUGAAAAGGGGUGAACAGAUCGCUCAGUGUAACACCCCUUUGCAUUGCACCUGGAUCGUGGAGAGCCAUGGAAUGUGGCAAGAAAAUAAACCUACAGAAGUUUACAAAUUUCAAUAACAUGCUUUUCUCCUGCUGCUUGCUUAUAAAAUAUCGAGAAGACGACGACCCCCAAUUAAUACACCUUAUAAAUCCAUGGGGCUUCGCCAGUAUUGGCUUUAAGAGCCAACACAACAGUUGUGUGUGUCCUGGUGACUAAAUAUGUGAGCUAAUGAUUUGCAACAAAUAAUGUAUCUGACAAUUUUUUUCAAUUUUGAAUAAAUCACUUGCAAAUAAUUUGUCCUACUAUUUAGCUAGUUCCAGCGAGUCAGUAGAAUGUAUUCACCACUUCUUUGUGACAAUCGAAUAAACUCUCUAUGAAUAUA